CGUUAGCUCUGUCGUGGAUAUUCGCUAACGAUCGUGAAAUCUUAGGGUUGGCAAUGUUCUUCAUCCUUACUGGGUGUUGGAGUACGUACGUGGCCCUGGGUCUCUCCUACAGAAGUUAUUAUAAAGAUAUUCGGACACUGGAAGAGAAUAGUAGCCAAAUGCUUUGGUUGGUCAGAAUAAUUAUACACAACGGAUAUGGUAUUCUUGCUGCCUGGACAACUUGCGCUUGGAAGCUGAUGUUGGCAACCACCAUUACUUAUGAAGACAGCAGAGGAACGGAUAAUUACCCUGCUAAACUGAAUGGUUCACUGACUUCAGAAGAUGCCGGGACAAUCUCACUUUCUAUCCUACUGGUUGAAAUCAUAGUUUGGUUUAUUUUAGAAAAUUUCGUUAUCGAGCAAUACUGCCGUUACACCCUUUCGAUCUACCCUACCCUGAUUUUUGCGUUUUCUGGCGUCGUUACGGGAAUGUAUGUCACACCAUUCUCACGUAAUUUAAUUCUAGCUCUUGUGGGCUUGAUUUUGGUCAUUUUAGCGUUUUUCGCAAGAGUUGGGCUGGUGAUAUACAGACAUAGAAAUAGACCAAAAUUUGCUUGAAUAAUUUUGUAGAGCUUAAAUGAGAUACCUAGUUUAGCAUUUUUAGGAUAUUUCUAUCAGAUAUUAUACGCGUCAUGUUUAAUGAUAAAUACCACCAGGUAAUUAUAUACUGUCAAUUUUGGCCCCCUGAGAAUCAUUCCAUCUGACGCGUUUGAGAAAUCCUGAUCUUAUCGGACAGACUUUAAUCAUUUGCCAGUUGUGUUAUGCUUCCAUAUAUAUUGCAUUCAUUUUAUAUUACUUUACAUGACACAGUACAUCUUCUAACCCUUCUUUUUCAAUGCAAUCAUAUUUUAAACAGUGGGAUUUUUAUAUGACUUUUCCAUGACUUUUUUUGCAAUGAAUACCUUUCCCUCAAUCGUGCCAUUUUUUGUUUUAUUAAAUCUUUAACCUAACUUUUUCUCUAUUUUUCAAUUCUCUGAAAUUUACCUGAAGUGUCUGUGUUAAAAAUAGUGAUGAAUCCUAUAGUGUGUGUACCAAGUUAGGGUUGGGCCAUAAUUUUAUUCCGAUUUUCCCUAUUUUAGUUCCUUUACAAGUUCGGAGACUGUCUGUGUUAGCCAAGUGAAUAUCCUCCAUUCCCAUAGGUUUCCGUUCCUUUUACACAACUUGAUGUAAAGUAGGCAAACAAAAUUAGUUACCUCUAUAUUGGACACACACUUCUGGAGCGCCUAUACGUUUCCUCUAUCUGGCAAUAUUUUCUGAAGUUUACCCGAAUUUUUUUGGUGUUAGUUGAUACUUCGAAACCAACAUUAUCAAUUUUACUCACAAUUUUUUUGUAUACCUGAUUGUUAUCUUUAUAAUUCUUGUAACUGAAAUUGAUAAAGGUUUUUCUGAUAAGCGACUUUCUGAAGUACGUUUUUCCAUUAUAUUGUCGAUUUGUUUCGCGGUAUAUGUUGCUAUUUUGACUUGAUUUUUAACAAAAUUUUAUUCUAAAAUUGUUUCCCAAUUUUCCAUUUUACUUUAGAAUUUAACAGAUACAGAUAACUUAGAUAUUGCCUACUAUUUUUCCUAUCCACCCUUUUUUAUUCCAACCCCCCCCCCCCCCCCCCAUGUAUUCCCUUUUCAAUAAUGUUUAUCCUAUAUAUUUCUUUUUUAAGCUACUACUGAUACACUAUCAUCUCUUCUGAAGGUAAUAAGACUUUUGAGACCAGAAUUUUUGUUCAAUUUUGGGUUUCAUCUACUCGUUCAUUUAAUUUUUGCCCCCCCCCUCUCCCUGAAGAUUUUUUAUUCAAAUUUUUCUGCCUUUCUGAAUCUACCUCAAUUUUGAUCACAUGUUUUUCAUUUCAGACUACCUCCAAUUUAUAAUGUUGCUAUCAGUUAUUUUUUAAGAUUUUGCCUACUUUUUCUUCCGUCUACUUUUUUCACUCCCCCCCCCCACCCAUUUGUACCCCUUUUCAAUAGUGUGUACCCAAUAUUUUUCUCUUUAAGCCAAUACUGAUAGACUAUAAAUAAUUUUUUGUGGCCUAUAAUACAGGUUGUUUCAUUCAAUUUUUGGUCUCAUCUACUCUUUUAAUUCAAUUUUUAUCAAAUCCUCAAAAAAUAUUCACUUGUCUUUCUUACUGAAUUUACCUCAAUUCUGAUCACAUGUUUUUCAUUUAGAUUACUCCUAAUUAAUUAAAAAUAUUAUUCUUGAAUUGGACUCAUAAAAAUGAAGGAGGCUUCUAGAGGAGUAAAAAUUGCUUUCACAGUCAUUGGAGUUUUAGUUUUUCUCCUCUCGUUUAUUUUCGCGUUCCUAAACAACGUCCCUGUUGGUUUCGAGCAAGGAAACUCAACCGUAAAUGCAGCCGGGGAUAUAUUCAUCAACACCAUAGCUGACUUAGACGUUCGUUACCCAGUCACGGUAGUGCCUCCAGCAUAUGUGCUUGUCGUGAUAUGGCCACUUAUUUACUUUUGGAAUCUAAUUGGAGCUGCAUAUUUAGUCGCUUCCCUAUUCUUAUCCAAUGAGAAGAGUCCUGUACUGAGAGAGCCCGCAUUAUUUCCAAUAGGCUCUUUGGUCUUUUGGAGCUUGAGCUUUGGAUUUCCACUUGCCUGGCUAUUUGCUUUUGACAGAGAAAUCCUAUGGCUUUCGUUGUUUCUAAUCAUGGCAGGAGCAUGGUCAAUAUACGCUACACUUGGUUUCUCCUACGCAAGUUACUACAAGGAUAUACUAGUCCUAGAAGAACACAACUCCACAAUGCUGUGGCUUGUCCGAAUCAUUUUUCACAACGGACUUGGGAUCUUCGCCACCUGGCUAACGAUUGGUUGGAAACUUACUCUACAAACGACAAUUGCUUAUAAGGAUGGCGCAGGGGAUCAGUACCCUGCGGAUUUUAGAGGUUCUCUGACACCGGAAGAUGCCGGGACCAUUUCUUUUUCGAUUUUACUAUUUGAAAUUAUGUUAUGGUUCGUACUUGAAAACUUUGUUUUCGAGCCGUAUUGUCGCUACACAGUUACUAUCUACCCGACGCUAAUUUUUGCGUUAAGUUCAACGUUUUCAAAUGACUACGUCGUCCCGUACAGCAGGAAUUUGAUUAUUACUUUAGUCGGUUUGAUUUUGUCGAUUUUAGCUUUUAUAGCGAGAGUAGUACUAGUGUACUUUAGACAUAAAAAUCGUCCUCAAAUGGAAAAUUUUAGAAGCAAAAGAGAAGAGGUUGUAGAAAUGGAGAAUAUUUAGGAAAUGAUAUGAAUUACAUAUUUAUCCUGUGGGAGAGGAAAAGCCGAUAAGACGGCUUAAUAAUAUGGCAAACUGCGGGCUCUUGUCCGGUUACCAGCAGUUAGUUACGUGAACCACCCUACGGCAGUGUGAAGUUCAGCUAUUCUCUUGCACAUAUCGUAAUUAUCCCACGCAGGAUUCUAACCUCCGUACCCACGCAAGCUAAUAAACGGUAAUCAGAGGUUUGAUGACGAACCUUUUAAGACUUCGUCGCCACAUCACCGAGAAGUGUGUUAUAAUUGAGGCAAUAAGCUGAGCCCAAUAAAAAAAAAUUUCCACCAUCUUCUUUUAAAUUAAUAUCUUGUAUUUGUGUAGAAUAUUUUGAUAACUCCAAAUUUUAUAAUUUUUUACUUGACAUUGUAUUGUUUUUGUUCCUCAAAGUUAUCUACAUAUUGCAGUAUCUUUAACUGAUUUAAUGUGCAAACUUUUAAUAUCUUGAAAAGUAAUCCUUAAUAAUCAUGCCAUUGUUGCCAAGAUAGCAAGUUGCCAAUUUUUUUUAUUUUUUAUAUAUUUUUUGUUUUCAUAUAUAGGAUUUUUUUUUGCCAAGAUUUGCCAAAUUUUGUUAUUUUUUUAGGAACAGUUCAGGUUUUGAUAAAUUUAUUAAUAAGAACAAAACAUGUAAUAAUUUAUGUCUUUUGAGUUCUAUUACAGUUCCUUCACGCCUGUAUGAAAAGGCUAAAAUUUGUGAAAAAGUUGAGAUUCAUGUUUUCUGUUUUAUUUGGGUUUUUAUAUUUUUUUUUUUUUUUUUUAUAUAGGAAAUAG